AUGCAGAAACUCAAGAAGCAUCUCUGCGAGCUCCACCGCGGCGGCGGCGGCCGCCUCUUCGCGACCUACCUCCUCGCCGCCGCCGUCGUCGCGGGCGUCCUCGCGCUCGCCCUCCUCCUCGUCUACCGCCCCAUGAAGCCGCAGGCCUCCGUGGCGCGCGCCGCCGUGUUCCGCCUCGCCAGCGCCAGCACCAACAACAACAGCUCCUCCGCGCCGCCCGCGCCCUACGCGGUCUCCGCCAGCCUGCAGUUCACGCUGCUGCUGCACAACCCCAGCGACCGCGCCGCCGUGCUCUACGACGGCCUGCUCGCCUACGCGUCCUACCGCGGCGAGCCCGUCACCCCGCCCGCGCAGCUCCCGGCGCUCGUCCAGGAGCGCGGCGCCGACGUCGCGCUCUCGCCGGUGCUCGGCGGCGGCGCCCCCGUGCCGGUGUCGGCGGACGCGGUGCGCGCGCUCGCCGCGGACGGCGCGGCCAGGCGCGUGCAGCUCCGGCUCGUCGUCGUGGGACGGGUCAGGUACAGGGCCGGGCCGUUCAGGACCGGGUGGCGGGACCUGUACGUGCGCUGCGACGCCAUCGUCGGGCUGGGCGUGGAUGCCGCCGCGGGAGGCGGCGACGUGCCGCUGCUCGAGUACCCCCGCUGCGCCGUGGACGCUUGA